CACAGACUGGUUGCAGAGAGGCAGUCAGCAACCAGACCUGAAGAGGGAACAGCUCGUACUUUUCAGCUCAGCUCCGCAGCCAGCCUCUUCCUCAAUAUUAUGGGGGAAAGCUGCCAAUGUGGAAAAAACCUCUUCCUUCUCCUUCUACUGUCCGUCCUUCUCAGGAUCAAUGUGGCUGCUACCACCCCACAACUGCGAUAUGUGGCAGUAGUACCCAGCAUAAUCUACAUGGAGACCACUGAGAACUUCUGUGUCCAGAUAAACAAUCUGAACGAAAUACUCAACUUGACCCUCUUGUUGGACUCCGAGGUCCUGAAUCAAGUGACGGUAAAAGAAAAAGAUGUAUUUCAAUGUAUUCCUUUUCAGAUUACCAGGCGGAGCAACAUUUCUCCUCCAUCAGAAGCCAUUCUUGAGUUGACUGGAAAUGGCUUGACCCAGAGUUUCGAGAACCGCAAAAGAGUGCGAAUCGAGAAACCAAAGCAUCUGGUUUUCAUCCAGGCAGACAAAACAAUCUACAGAGCAGGACAAGAAGUUAAGUUUCGCAUCAUCUCUAUGGAUAAAGAUUUACAUCCCAUGAAGGAGGAGUUUCCAGUUGUGUACAUCCAGGAUCCCAAAAACAACCGGGUGUUCCAGUGGAGUGAUGUGGAGACUCCAUUGGGCAUAAUCGAGCGUUCCUAUUCUCUGUCUUCUAAUCCCCGCUUGGGCACCUACAAAGUGGUGGUAGAGAACGACUCCGAGAAAGUUGCAGAUUACAGCUUUGAGGUAGACGAAUAUGUUCUGCCCAAAUUUGAGCUUUUGGUGAAGGCCCCAAAACUCAUCACAAUUGUGACUAAGAAAAUAGAAGUCAGUGUGUGUGGCAGGUACGUGAUGCUCAACUACUCUCCUUUUCCCAUUGUGAGCAGAAGGUGCAAGAUUUUCCUGGUGUGUGUUCUGACCCAGCCUUCGCAAGUAAUGAUAGGCUGCUUACUUGCGAGUAAAACAACCCCCUUUUCAAAACAGGGUAGGAACAACAGUAACAAAAACCAACUGUAAUUAGUCCCAACAAACCUGGUUCUGGCCAACAAAUCCGAACUGUUUGCUGUAUAUGAACGAAUGGUUGUCGGUGACAACAGGCCACUCCCAAAUCCCUCCUGUUUAUUUCUCAGCCUGGGAGGGGCUAGCUAGGGUCUACGUCUUCUUUUCCCUGAGAGCCAGCUUAUUGCUUUCCUUUGCUCUCCUUUCCUCUCUAAGCAUACACAUAUCUGGGAUGAACCUCAUCUGUUCCUCCUCCUCACUCAGCUCAGGUCCCCAAAACAGCUGCCUCUCCACCUGGGGGUGGAUGGAAGGCCUUGCCUCUGUCUCUGGUGCUGUUUCCUUAUCAGAGCCUUCCAAAGGCUCUGAAGUUGGCCCAGGCCCUCCCUCAACCUCCUCCUCAUCUGACUCUUCUACUAGCUCUGCUGGCAGCUGACAGGUCACAACAGCAGAAGAAAGGGAGGAUGGAAAAUCUACUCCUGUUCGGGUUUUGUUCACUUCUUGGUGAUUUCAUGCCCAUAUAGGUUUCUUGACAGAAAUACGUAAGUGGUUUGAUGUUGUUUUCUUCUGAGAAUGUCAUAUUCAAUAUCCCGGCCUGGGAUCUCCUGGUGGCCUCCUGUCCAAAUACCGAACAGGCCGUAAGCUGCUCAAGGUUGGCUUUGCAUUGCCCUCUUGUGGGGUAUAGAUAUAAAGGCACAAUAGUGAUGAAGGUGAUGAUGAUGGUGGUAAUUUACUACCUUCUGAAGGAAACCGGAGCAUAAUAAUAAUAAAAAAACAUCUUUUAUAAGACAUAACAAAAUAAAAUAACCCACAGGUAUAAAUGAAUAUACCUGGAGGUUCUAGUGGCAAUAAACCUAAUAGAUAAAUAUUGAUAAAGCUGGUGAGAGAAGAUAUAUAACAGUAAUAAGCAGAGUUCCCUUUAAGGCAGCCCAGUCCUAGUCAGGUUGUUAUUGUGAAAGGUUGGGUAAACAAGGGUUGUUCAAACAAAGACAGUAUAAACAAGCAGAAAGGGAAAAAAAAUCUGGCUGCAAGAUUUGCUCUUUAAUAGUAUCGGAAAAUUUCCCGAUUCAUUCUGGUCUGAGAUGAUGGAUAAAUGGCAAAAGUAACAAUAUAAUCUAAAAUCAAUGAUAACCUGACAUAAUAAAAAAAAAAGAUAAUUAUGAAAGAAAAAUAAGAAAUGCAGUACAUAACAACACAGAAGGUUAAAGCAAUCCAAAUCAGCCA